UCACAACGACAUGUCAAUAAAGCAGGAAAGCGGACGAUAACGUUUCUAAUGUUAAGUCACGUUCAAAAUGGCGUUAUUUAGUUACAUUUGUAAUGAAUAAAUAUGUGUAAAUAUGAGGUUUAUCAACCCCUGGCGGACUUGAAUGUUAUGUCAACUUGUAUUGUUUGACUCCUCAAACAUGGAUAAAGAAAUGGAUUCUCAGAGGAGUGUGACUGGUGAUAGCCAAGCUGAAGUUGAGCUCUUCUGUCCAACCCCUGAGCAAGAUGGAGAUUGUUUUCAAAGCGAAGACAUGGCCUCCUCUCAGGCUUUAAUGGACUCUUUGAGUGACUCUGGGCUUUCUAGCAUAAGAAGUAGCCCGGCUCCAACGCAAUGUUCUAACGGACAGAAAUCCAAGAGACCUACUUCCUCACACAGUCCUCAACCUGUGAAAACCACCGGUGUUGUCGCACACUCUCACGAUCCCGCCUGCUGCCUCAGUCCAAAGAAGGGCGUGGGUCCCUCCAAAGACGUGGAGAUGCCAAGUCCCGGCAGCCCCGUUGGUAAGACGCCGCUCGUCAGCAACUCUGCAAACAACCACGGAGAUGGCGCCAAUGCUGUUGUGGAAGAGUGUUUGGUGAGAGUUUGUUCUGAUGCUGGAGGUCUGGCCAACAUGAGGGCUCAGCGGGUUUCCAUGGGAACUGGUGAUGCCGGGACGGCAGAUGGUAGCGACACAUCCGAUAUGAGUCAGGAUUUGAUUAUCAACCAGUCGACAUCUGAAAGGGUUUCAUCCCCUGCCUGUGACCAGAUUAGAGAAUGGCUUGGGACACCCAUAGAUGAGCUGAACAGGAUGCCCCAGUGUGCCCCACCGCUGUCCCACCUGAAAGCAGUGCCUAACCACACCGUUACAGUCAGGACAGAUCUACUCAGCGAGGGAGAGGUGCCUGUCCCCUACCCCGGCAAGUUCAAGGACGCGUGGGACGACGUGUCCGUGAAGAUGCCUUGCUCUGAGAAGAAUCUGUUUCCGAUGGACACGGAGGAUGGAGGUGGCGUUCAGAGUCGGUGGGAGUUAAUCCACUCCACCUUGCAAGGAGGGUUCAAAAGUUCCCUGGAUGUGAGGGAUGCUAUACUGAGGUAUAACACGGCACAUACCAAGAAAUGGGACUUCACCGCUCUCAACCUUCUUUGCACUGAGUGUCUGGAGCAUUGUGAAGUUCAACACCUGUACGAGGUCGUACUGCCUUCCGUUGUCAAGAUGGCGCUCAGUGCUCCUCGUCUCUGCACUAUGCCAAUCCCUCUGCUGAAGUCACGGAUGAACCAUUCCCUAACCAUGUCUCAGGAGCAAAUUGCCUGUCUUCUGGCCAACGCCUUCUUCUGCACAUUCCCCAGACGCAAUUCCCGCAAGUCCGAGUACUGCAACUACCCUGAGAUCAACUUUUACAGGCUAUUUGAAGGCUCCUCACCAAGAAAAAUAGAAAAGUUGAAAACACUCAUGUGCUACUUCAGGAGAAUUACACAAUCCAGGCCAAAGGGUCUUGUGACGUUCACAAGACAGUCAGUGAACAAUCUGCCAACCUGGGAAAACUGCCAGACUCAGCUGACACGCUUACAUAUCACUUGUGAAGGCACCAUUGAGGAUGAUGGUUAUGGGAUGCUUCAGGUGGACUUUGCAAACAGAUUUGUAGGUGGCGGAGUCACAGGACAUGGUCUCGUCCAAGAGGAGAUCAGGUUCAUCAUCAACCCGGAACUCAUCGUCUCUCGUCUCUUCACCGAAGCGCUGGAGCACAAUGAAUGCCUCAUCAUUACAGGGGCUGAACAGUACAGUAAAUACUCAGGCUAUGCUGAGACCUACAAAUGGGACGAGAGCUACAAAGAUGAGACUCCCAGGGAUGACUGGCAGAGACGAUGCACGGAGAUCGUGGCCAUUGAUGCUUUAAAAUACAAACACUUCUUGGAACAGUUUCUCCCAGAAAAGAUGAACAGAGAGCUCAACAAGGCAUACUGUGGAUUUUUCCGGAACAUCGCCAACAGAAAGCAUCUUUCUGCCGUAGCCACUGGCAACUGGGGCUGUGGUGCUUUCGGUGGAGACACACGGCUCAAAGCGCUGAUUCAGCUGAUGGCUGCUGCAGAAGCUGGCAGGGACGUGGCGUACUUCACAUUUGGCGACGCUCAUCUCAUGCGAGAUGUUCACGACAUGCACACUUUCCUGACGGAGAGACAAGUCACUGUGGGGAGGCUGUACAGUCUUUUGAACCAGUACUCCAAUUUGGUUUGCAAGAACUGCCGCACGACGAGACCUGACGUCAGUCUCUACGCUUUCAUCUACCAGAGGGUCUGUUCCCCUGCAACCGCCGAUGCCUUGGACUCUGCUAAGGAUUCUGGGAUGUCCCCUGUAACAUCAGACUCUCAUUAAAAGAAAAGGAGGAUGGACAUCUUAUCAUCUACUUUGAUAAGACUCCAGGUUCGCAAGCCUCAGUCGUGUACUUACAAUCACUCUUACACUCACGCCCUUCUAGGGUGCGUUCACACUUGCUAUGUUUGGUUAGAGAAAACUCUGUGUUGCUUUUACUCUGCCAGUAUAUUUAGUCAAGUCAAGUGUGAUACAAAGAGAUGGAUUAGUCAAGUGUGAUACGAAGAGAUAGAUUUCAGUGAACUCGUUUGAAGAGAGCUCCAUUGUAAACGUUACAGGGACAGAGAGCAUGCAGAAAUGACAAACUAAUCUAAGACCAAAGCCUCUCUGCUCUGUUGUCUCUCAACAUAUGUGACAAUAACACUCUAGAAAAGUAUAUUCUAAAAGCUUUUUGUGAGUAUUUAUCCUAGGAACAGCAUUUUGGGUUAAAAUGCUUGAGUCACACCUAAGGCUGCAACAAUUAAUUGAAACAAACUUCGAUUUAUAUUCUGUUGUUUCGAUUAAUUGUUUAGUGAGUGUAACUAAUAAAAAUCAAUCAAAUCCGGACCAAAUGGAAUGCCCGGAACUUUAAAUAAGCGGACAUUAGUUUCUAUACGACCGCUGCAAUAGAGCGCACAUGAGAGCGGUGGCAAGGGUGGCGUGAUCUAUGUGGAUGGAGGCAAACAGCUUUUUUUCUUACCAACACCUGUAAGAAGUGCAAUUUCAAUGUUGUUGAUGUGCACUUAUUAUAAAAUAAAGAAUGAAGGCUAUGGUAAGCAGAAAAAUGUUUAUUUCAACAAUUUUCUUUAAAAUAAGCAUUGAGGCUAUUGAGUGGGUUUUAUCUGAUUACUUGAAUAAUCAAACAAACUAAACAAUAGAUUACUCAGUGGUGGGCCGUCAGGGCCAGCUAGGCCUUCUCUGCUGGCCUAACCUAACCAGAAAUCAUGAUCAUAAUUAAAGAUAAAUGUAUAUUUUUAUUUACUUUCCCUAAAUAUCUAAAUUAGGGCUGCAACAACUAAUCGAUUAAAUCGAUUAUAGAAAUAGUUGGCGAUUAAUUUAGUCAUCGAUUCGUUGGAUCUAUGCUAUGUGCAUGCGCAGAGGCAAUUUUUUAAUUUCUUUUUAAUUUUUAAUUUAAAUUUUUUUUUUUUUUUUAAACCUUUAUUUAUAAACUGCAACAUGUACAAACAGCUGAGAAACAAUAAUCAAAAUAAGUAUUGUGCCAGUAUGCUGGGUUUUUUUCAAUAAAAUACUGGAAAGGAUAGAAAUGUAGUUUGUCUCUUGUAUCCGAUUAUUAAUCGAUUAAUCGUACAAACAGCUGAGAAACAAUAAUCAAAAUAAGUAUGGUGCCAGUAUGCUGUUUUUUUUUUCAAUAAAAUACUGGAAAGGAUAGAAAUGUAGUUUGUCUCUUUUAUCCGAUUAUUAAUCGAUUAAUCGAAGUAAUAAUCGACAGAUUAAUCGAUUAUCAAAUUAAUCGUUAGUUGCAGCUCUAAUCUAAAUAUAUUCAUAUUCUCUUCAUGUCAUAUUAUGCUCCUUCCAAUGCUGUUGUUUUUAAGUUAGAGAUUUUGUCCAAUCAGAAUUCAGCUCGCUUAUGUUGCCAUGCUGUACGAAAUCUGCCUUUCAGAAUCAACAUUGCGGGCACAGUUGAUAGACAGUUGCGAUGGCCAAUCAGAUCACAAGUUGUUGUCAGUAAGGCCUUCUCGAUGGCCUUACGUUAAACGUGACAUUUACACGUCCUGUGAUUGGAUACUCACAAGGGGACCGUUAGCGGUUGAGUUUGAGAACACAUAGAGUUGAUAAGACAGUUGCGAUAGCCAAUCAGAUCACAAGUUGUUGACAGUAGCCUAUCUAGGUACCCUGAUAACGAGACUGUGAUUGGAUACACACUUGUCAUUCCAAAGUGAAUAUCCAUUCACAAGUUGCAACUUAGCAGGAAGUCUUGACCCACAAAGAAGGGGAACAAAAUGUUGGUUAGAUGGCAGAUAUAUAUUUGCCAGGCCAUUUUCAAGAAGGAUAUUUAAAGAGAAACUACAUCUUGUGAGACCAUGUCGGCGAUGAAAUGGGAAAAUGCCCACCAUUUCCACUCGAAUCAACCGACUACGAGGAGUACCACUGGCUUAUACGGCGUUGAAUGGAUGCUACAAAUUGUGAGUUCAAAUAUUUUAUUUCUUUAUUUUUUCACGUUUAAUAUGUUUUUUGCAAUUUUAAUUUUGACAGUACCUCCAUAAGGUAUGUUUUAACUGCUGGUGCGGGUUUAUUGAUUUUUAAAUGCGCCAGAAAAUAACCAGUUUUGUACACUGUUGAUGUCUUUCAAUACUCAGUAGUGCGUAAAUGUGUUUCUGUAAAGUAUUUCUCCAGCAAUGGUCAUGUGGUGACAUAAAUGAUAAUAUUUUGAGAGGUAAUCAUUGAAGUCGGACAUCACUGAAGGCCUAGGUGGGAAACGCACGGCCCGCCACUGAGAUUACUCGAUUACUAAACUAAUCGAUAGCAGCAGGCUAAUAUGACACAAAAGCUGCCCAAUCAAGUCCUUACUUUAUGUGGGUUCUUUACUGUGCAGCCAAUGGUCCAAAGACAAAAAUACAAAGCGAAAAUGCUCACCGUCUGUUUCACUAUUUUUUUAAAUUGGUUUAAUCACACUUAAAGGGGAACAUUAUCACAAUUUCAGAAGGGUUAAAACCAUUAAAAAUCAGUUCCCAGUGGCUUAUUUUAUUUUUCAAAAUGUUACCCAUCACACAAUAUCCCUAAAAAAAGCUUCAAAGUGCCUGAUUUUAACCAUCGUUAUAUACACCCUUCCAUUUUCCUGUGAUGUCACACAAUGAUGCCAAUAUAAACAAACAGCAAGGUAUAGCGACAAUAGCUCGGAUUCAGACUCGGAUUUCAGCGGCUUAACACUGUCUGAUAAGAUAAUUAGUAACAACUAUGAACUAGGUUUACAGCAUAUGAAAUACAUUUGGCAACAACAUGCACUUUGAGAGUGCAGACAGCCCAUUUCAGGCGCGCUAAGAACAUAUAUUUUUCCACGAUUUCAGCACUCAGGUUAACCAUACCUAAAUAGACACAAAAUACUGCAUUACACAAGACUACCCGAAUGUACUCGAAUGAUUGAAAAAAUAAAUGUUUUUAAGCUAAAUUAUUUGUAAACACAGUUUAUGUAUAAUAAUUUACGUAAAACCGCGAGUAAUGAAUAAAGUUUUCAUCAAUCAAUAUAUUCUGUAGACAUACCCUCAUCCGCUCUCUUUUCCUGA